AUGGCAAGAGGAAUGAGGGAGAUCCAAAUAAUCUUUGUGGUUCUGAUUGGCGUGAGCUUUGUGUCUCUUAUCACCAUUGAUCUUUCCAUUGAGAACCAGUCCAUUCGGAGCGACGUGCUCAUCAACCAGGAGCGCUAUGGGCAAGUUCGAUUGCUGCCGUUUCCUCCAGCUCGUUUCAAUACAACCACUGAAGUUGCUGGUACACAAUUGCCUGUACUAUCGGUACAACCCAGACGACGAAUGGAAGAAGGGACAGAAUACCACUCAUUGGUAGGUGUCAAGUUGAACUUUGAAGUCUUUGAAGGACAUCUUCGACAACCAACGCAACAAGAGUGGCAAGACCUGCUCUGCCAAACCAACUCGUACUUUACCAGACUGUUCCGGAGAAAGCUGGGGGAUCUGGUCUACGUCAAUCUGCAUCCACUCCAAUGGGACUACAGUCCGGGGAUUGACAUGCCAUUGAGUAUUUCCAUGGUGAUUGAAGCGGCGUUUGAAGACGGGGCUCUGCUGCGUUCGGAGGAUGUGUAUCGUUGCAUUCGCGCUGUGGAUUCAACUGACUUUCUGGAAGGAUUUAUUUGGAAAGUCAGACCUCAAGGUCUCAGUGCAUUCUACGAAGCCGCAAGAGUCUUGGCGCAAAUACAGGUGCAGUCGCAUACCGUUGAAACUAUCCACGAAGAGAGUACUAAGCAGAUUGGAGAUGUCGUUCUGGCAAACACAUAUUCGUGUGGUGAGACUGGAAUCUACGCAAUGCAAUUCUUUUACGACUUUUUCGAGGGGAGACGGAAAGAACCAACACAAAGCCAAGUGGACGCUCUCAAGGCUGCCACGGGAUUGUUCAUCUCACGGGAACUGCAGGAGCGGUUUGAGAAUAGAGUAGUCGUCGAUAUGAAACUGAACGGUUGGAGUUACGACGCCAAUGCAGCCGAGUAUCCAGUGGUCAUGGAUUGCCUUGUGACGACUUAUCUGCACAGCACUGACUCUGUUAUUCCACACGAGUACGUGCGGUCGAGAUUGACUGGUCGCAGCAAGGAAUUUCAGAAAACAAUGAUCCGAGACUAUAUUGAGAACGUGGUGUGGAACACCCCGCCCCUGAAGCAGAGUGCUUUCUACGAGGUACAUCGUGUACGGAUCCGGAACAAGAUCCGGCGCUUCACGUACAUGGAUCCAGAGUUGGCGGCCUUGCAUUCCGCGCAAGGGUUGUUGCCAGAACAUUCCUCAUCCGACCAUCAGUCUGUUACCGUCCCAGCCUACUACCUGGAUCCAAUUACAGUUUCAGAUGCAGUUUGCGAGCAGUUCUUGACACAAGCCAACAGCAACGGCGACCAAUAUCUAACCAUACCCGAGUACAUCGACUUUGUCAACUUGAUGACAGACCAGACGUUCGCGGGGUAUCCUCUCGCGGCCCUGCCAGAUGUCAUGACAGCUGUAUUCGACAGCAUGGCAACAAUAGGCGCGGGUGAGAACAGAGAGAUUGAUUUGUUGGGGUCCUUUCAGGCAGAUUCUCCAGAGCAGGCGGCUGCCAUUGAGGCGACGCGAGAAGACAAGCUUUGCCAGUUUUUCAGGACUGUGGUCAAUGACGCUGUCAGUGAGGGUGGAUUAUCAUCCGCCAUGGUCAAUGCCACUAUCGAAAUCUACCUGGAUAAGGCUACAACGGAGGACGAAAGCAACCGUCAAGGUGAACCUCUCUUGGACAUGGCCUUUCGCAAAGUCGUGGAUGACAGUGUUGGACCCUCCAUCAAAGAAGUUGUCAAUAAAGAAAAGCAUGCAACGAGGAAUGGGCGUGGUCUCCAGGAUGAUUCCAUUUACAUUGCCGCAGACACUGCACACAUCCAGAAUCUACAGAAAACUGAAUGCCGCCAUGGAGAAACACAAGGGCAUACUUGUUAUACAGCGGAGGGAAGUUUGCAAGCUUUUGUGAAGGGGGACCAGGCCCCAGAGUUGGCAAAAAAGGUUGCUACCGCGGCUGAAAAAAGCAUGGAAAAGGCAGUGGAAGAUGGGGAGCUCAACAGCGCCAUCCAUAACUUGGGGACUGAAUGGAGUGUCGAACCUCUCAAGUCGGUACCUGCUCCAAAUGCUAGUUCCGCUCCUCCUACCUCAAGUCCAGUCUUUGUUGCUUUCGAGUCCACUGAACCCCCAAAGAAAUCCAAAUCCUUCACUGAGAACUUGUCGGAAGGCGACGGGACAACUGUUGCGGCGGCAGCAACAGGAUCAAUCUUCAUAUUGUUUCUCAUAAACUUUGGAAGAGAACUUUUGGUGGACUUUAUCCUCCGUAUUUUCAAGGUUUGCUGCAAGCGAUAUCGUCGAUACAGAGGCUACGAUGAUGAUUCUGACUCCUCGGAUGAUGAUGAUGUCGGUUGGAGUAGGAACACUCAUGACAGUCACAAACACAGCGAUCACAAUCGUGAUAGCCAAGGGACGGCUACUAGGAGAACCUCCUUCGAAGACGAUGAUCUCGAGGCCGAGCAGUCGAGAACGGGAUACGAGUCUGAGGGCAAGUCGAAAACAGACGACGACGUAGAAGACUUACGCGUCGUGCAAAACUUUCAAGAGCAAGAGGAAGAAAACACAGAAAACGAGAGCAAAGGAGAACAAGAUGGGGCAGUCGAGUCAAGGAGUGAAAGCGAUAGUGAUGAUGGCGACAUGCAUCGUGUCAACGAGCAAGAAGCCAACUCAAGCAUGCAUGGAGAUGAUGAGGGUGGAGACGAGGAUGACCAUGACGAAAACCGGACCAAUGAUAACCAUGGCACAGAAGAUGCCAAGGAAGAGGUUGCUAGUAGCCAAACGUUAGGGGGCAUGGAAGAAGAACCUGGUGUCACAGGGACUGACCAUGACGAGAGCGAGUCGGAGAGUGCUCUUGAACCAAGUAGGACUCAAGACAUGGAAGAGGAAGAAGCAGAAGCAGAAGAAACUGAAGACGUAGCCGGCUCUGAAUCUAAUAAAGCGAAUCAAGAAGACGAACUGGAAACAUCAGCCAACAAAUCAGGCAUCAAGGAAGAAGGGGAAGAUGACGAGAGCAAACAAGGACCAGACGACCAGGAAAAAGAGAGGGUUGAUGUCCACGGCAGAAGACACGUUGAAGGCGUAAUACCAAUCGAUCCAACGGAAAAAGAUUCAAGUGAGAACUACACAGGCGCACCGGAAGACCAUGAUACACAAGACAGACAAAGCGUAGACCAGGAACCCGAAAUCGUCGUGGAUGGCACCGCAGACUCUGAUGUGACUGAAUCGAGGCGGAACAGCACAGAAGAUGAAUCGUCAGUGACCACUGAUGACGACGUGAAGGAGAUUGACAACGCGGAAGCUGAUCGGGGCCCCAAGACGGAUGGCCAGGACGACAAAGCAAGUACUGAGCUUGAUGAUCAGGCAAAUGUUGAGGCAAAGAAGCAGGACGAUGGUCCCGACGAGGCUGCUGACGACCAGACUACUCCACUCAAGGAUACAGGCUCUAGGUCGCAACUCAUUGAAGAGUCACCAAUGACAGACUUUUCAAAGCGAUCAAGUAUCGAUAACAGCAUUCGCGAGCUCGAGGAGCUGGAGCAACAAUUUGUGGAUGAUCUAGGAAAAGUAUACACAGAAUUCCACAGACAGACGACAAGAUGA